AAACCAGGUCACGGUGUCGCUGCUCCUUGAAUAUUGAUUGUAAUCAACGUUGUACGUAUACAUAUACUCAUUACGACAUAAUUUUGAGCGACGAGCGAGAUUUCGUAAUAAUACAACGUCAAAACGUGUGUGUAAUCACUGUGCCAAAUUAUUCAGUACAUCUUUGAUCAUGAUUGAGUCCACUUCGACUUCUGGGACAUCAGUGGAGAAUAAGUUUCCUUGCACAUUCAUUUAUUACUACUUAUAUGAGUAUUAAUCACUGCAGUAACUGUUAUCUCAUGUAUACAGUAACAAGAGACGAAGUUUGUGCGAUCAAAUCAAAGAGCAUGGUAUUAUCAAUCACUGUUCAUCGUAAAAUCAGUGUGCUGCAGUAAGCAGGAUCGGCGAUGUACGAGAAAAUUGCUUUGAUCGUUUCGAUAUUGUUCGCGAUUACGAGCUCGGGGGAAGUUUCUCCUGUCAGAACGGAAGUGUGGGAUGCGGAUCUCUCCGAUUCAAGGUUGUCAUCAAUAUUUUCCCUCCCAUCAACACGCAACGAUGACACGCAACAUUUCACGGAGACGAAGGCAAACCGAAAAUCGGUCUUUUUAUUAGCACCAUUGUCGCAGAAACGAUCUGAACAACGACAACCGAGGGAAGCGACUCGGAAGACAAAGCGUUGCAGCACGCAUCUUCGAAGGAACAGGCUCUCCUCGGCGAAAGACUUCGCCAGAACGAGAGAUUCAAACGUGAAUGUUCACAUGAAGAACACUUCCAGAGAUAUUCCUUAUGUUUCCGCGAUAAAUACAAAAUACUCAACCGAAAGUCCUGCGACUACGAGUUGGACAGAGAUAAGCAACGAGGACGAAACGCUCCUCCGCGCCCUCCAGGACAGACUAAAGAACGCACAGGAGUCUACUGUGUACGUGGACUCCCAAGAAGAGACGAGGAGAUGCAACAAGUUCGUCUGUUACUGCCAAGAAGAGAACUGCGUGCAGAAAUCAUCAAAGACCGGCUCCUCGCGGAUGUUAGGAUCGUCCAGGUGGAUAAAGCCCGAAAGUAUGAACCACCGACACGAAAACGUAAGACCGAUUCUCGACGCGAGUGUCCUGCGCCCAGGAUCGUCCAGAUGGUACCACGGAGCUCGCCAUGACCCGCGUAUUCUCAGUCCGUUCCAUUCAAUCCUGGUGCGAGCCCACCAGAAAUUAACGCAUCCUGCCUUUUUUGCGCCGCUUCUACACGAAGUACCGCUUGUUGCGCCUCACAUGAUCGGGAAAGGCGGGAAAUACGCCAAUUUCCCGUACAGGUCAUUCGAGAGCAGACCUGAUUUCAUCAUCGGAGACAACGUUCAUCGUCGACGUCGACCGAUUUCCCACCAAGGCUUGCAGAAGUACCGCCACUCGUCACAAGAAAAUCGAUUCGACGUCUCCACCGUGUCGACUACUUCAGCUUGGAGCAACGCCGAAGCAAUCGACUCGAAUGAAGAAAACAGCGCCACGGAGUUCCCUACUUCGUACAGAACGAAUUACCUGGAUGGACUAAUUAGUCCUGUGACAGAGAGUAAUGUUGAAUUGAAGGAUAUCAUCGAGAUUAACGAAAUAAACGCAGCAGAGACCCUUCCGAGAUUAAGUGCGGCGUUCUCGACGGAUCACGUCGCUUCGACAAUCGAAACAGGAACGAAGGAUUACUUCGAAUCCUAUUCUUCGAGCGGAACAGUUGGAAUGGAUUUGAUAGACGAAGAGUCUCCUAGAUUCGUCACGACGCCGGAGAUAAGCUACGCAAACGCGAGAACUGAUUCGGAGACGAGAAGCGAACUCAAUCCGUAUUACUCCGAGACAACCACGAUGAGCGCAAGUAUGGAUCAAUCGCAGUCGUUCACAGAUCUUUUUAGGGAAAAAAUGUUGUCUUGGACAAAUAGACCAGAAAAAACGGAAAACAGUUUUGACCAGAGAAUGAACGAUUUUGUAUUAACGAGUACUGCAUCGUACGAAUACACGAGGCAGCCUACGGAAUUUUACGAAUACGUUCAAAGCACCGAGCGAACCUACGAACCAAAUGAGGAUUAUGAUGACUCAAACGAGAACAAAUUAUCUAGCGUUAACAAAUAUAUCCCGAUGAAGAAACUGACGGAGCAAACGAUCGACGAGGAUCUCGAGGAGAACACGAGAGGUGGAUCGUUAGGGAAGAGUAAGAGUCAUGCGACGAAAAUGCUGUUAGCUCAAAGUUACGACGGAGGAUCAACCACAGAGAAUUCGCCGGCAGGCGAGAAGUUCCUCUGUUCUACGAUCUCGUACGAAUGUAACGAGGACGUGAGCGAUUUGACGACGACAAACGCGAUCCGUGGAAAUUCAUGGACGAGUGGUCUUCCAUUCAGCGGAAGAGUCUACGAAACGACAACUCCUCGUUACGAGUCUACGACCGAUCGUAAUUCCAAAGAGGGAACCGCGAACAUCCUGAUGGAAUCAAUAACCGGGAGAGCGACUCUUCAAGACCUUACGACGGCACAAUACUCGAAUCGUGAAAAAACGACCGACGAUGAUGGAGGAGAGCUGGAGUACACCACCGAGAGUCUCGUAGGGAUCACCGAAUCGUCGACGAAGGGAUUGCCAUUCUACGACAACUCUUUAUUGUUAAGUUCCAUCAAUAGAGUUAUCAACAACUUCGCGUCGAGUGACGACUUAACGAAGACACAGGACCUCGACGAGGACACUCUUCGGACGCAAGGCGAGAACUUGCUGCCAGAAAUCCUGCAGAUCCCGGACCUAGGGGAUAUCCUGUCGACACCGCGGAUAGAGGACACGAUUGUGACGAAAGUGAAAGGUGUUCUAUCCAAUACCAAGAGCAAGUCGAACUCCGCGGACGGUUGGUCGUGCAGUGCGAUCAGGAACGCGCUACGCAGACUAUUGAAAAGUUUCCGCGGUUUUCAUCGUGAAAGGAAACUUCCGUCGAUGACGGUCGAGGAACGUCAGUUCGACCAUGGACAGUGGCGCACCAAAUUGGUGACCUUGCCGCCCGUUCACGAGGACAAUUCUGGCAAGCUGUCAAAGACGUCGGGACGCCUGCGAGAGGGCAUCAGUGACCUUCUAGGAAUCCCGGCUAUCGCUUCGCAAACGGAUCGGCAAAUCGUGCGGAAUAUGAUCGUGCAGAGUCUGAAGAAUAGCUUGGCCGACAACGGGGAAGGCGAAGACGACGGUCCGGAAAUAAAGGACUCGAUAAUCCUUGAUGCUUUGAACAACGCGCUGCAGAUGAUGAAAGGAUCGAAAUGUAUGAGGGCGAAAAACGCGCUAAAGAAAGGCAACGAGAACCAUAAACACGAGUCUAUCCACGACGAAGGAGACGCGAGUAUUCCGCGAAAGACGUUGACGCGCUAUGAGAACAAAGGUGACUACAAGAUGGAAGGAAAUGUCGAGCAGCAGGUAUCGAGCGAUGUGAAACACUUCCAGAAGAAUACGCCGGUGGAUGGUAGCGGGACACGACGAACGACGAACUAUCAGAAAGUUAAGAAAUUGAAAGUUAAGAAAUUGAACAACAAUCUCAGAGUAGUAACUACUUGCGAAUCUGCGGAUUUAAUGAAAUCCGGAAAGUAUGAAGAAGAAACUAUGAGUCUGACUGAGAAUCCACUUUCAGGAGCAACUACGAUUUCAUCGAUGAACGCUGCAGCUUUCCAUGAAGAAACAGGGAAUGUCCUGAAUUCGAUGUCGACGAUAGAAGACGUACAGCAGAACAACGAAGAGAUUCAAAACGGUGAAUCGUUGGAGCAUAUGACGAGUCAUCAGCGAUCUUCUAAGAUAUAUCAACAAUUUGCCGAAGUAAGUCAGCAACGUUCUAAAGUACGCGUCCCUCAGAAAAUAACGGGAUGCGCGACUAAGGAUACCUACACGACGGAAGGAACCGCUCGAGACAACAUCUUAGGCGAAGCGGAGCGCGUUAGUGAACAAUACAACGAAACCGAGGAGCCAUGGAGAACAACGGACUCUACGAACGACAACAUUCAAAUGACAAUAGCUUCCGCGCGGUCAGAUCUGCGGGCGAAUGGAUUGCCCGAGACGUUAAACGAGAAGAGCAAAGUGGAAAUUGAAACUAUCACUGUACUGAAUGAAACGACACCUUCGAUCUCGCGAUUUGCAGAAACAAAUACGCAGGAGAACACAAGGGAAACCUCGAACUACGCGUUCUCGAGAAAACCUAGUAAGAUCUCGUACUCGAAGCCGGAAAUCCCUUCCGUCCCGAAAAUAACGAGAUGGUACGACGAGGUGGCAACUGAUUUCGAUGGAACCACCACCGAAAUGGCGAAACAAAAUAGUUUCACGCAAGUCAGCACGACAAACUUUCACAACUUUCCCCUUAACGGGCAAAGCGACGAUGAAGCGACGAUGGAAGAGCACUUUCCUGAGUACGACGAGGCGGAUCCAACGAUGAUGCGCGCGACGAACGACAUCGACGCACCGCCGAUCAAUUAUUACUCGCCGAAUGAUAGAAUCUUGGAUUACGUGAAGAAUCAUCGUGUCGAUAACGAAGAUGAGACGGCGACUGCAAUCGUGAGUUCUAUGCGGAAAUCGUCAUCAGAUCACGCGCGGCUGUCCAACAAAGCAACUUUGAACAAGAACACGGCGGCUGCUGCGAACGUGAAACACGAGAUGAAAUACACGUUAAGCGAGAACGCAUUUUCACGCGGCGAGAAUACAACAAGUGACUCGAUUUCGCCCGCGAACGCGAACGAUUACGGAAGUCGAAAAUCGGAAGUCACUGUCUCCUCCUCCCCGAUGAACGCGGGCUCUCUGCCGUCGCAGCGAAGGAAAUUCCCGGGGGACGUGAUUAAAAUUCACGAAGUCACCACAGAGGUGCAGAAGACCUACGCGAAAACAGUGUACUUCCAACCGCGACAGUCCGAUCCCGAGAACGACUCGAGGAUUAAUUCGCCCGUGAUUGCUUACGAAGAUACGAUCGUUGCAAGUAGCAAUGAUUAUUUCGACAGAAAUAGCAAUAACAAUGACGACAGCGACGAUUCAAGUGAUAAGAAAAUCAACAACGUCGGUGACGUUGCUAUAGAAGAAGAACAAGCGGACAAGAACAUGAUUUCCGCUACUGGACCGCCACUGGAAGACAUUUCUGACAUUCUUCCGGUGUUUCCUUCUCCCAUCGUUCCCGGAGAUAGUAUUGAGCAGCUCCAAAGAUCGCAACUUUACUACAUCAGCGACGGCGUGAAACUACCGUUGGAAAUAAGAAGGUUGAAAGAUGGUACUUAUGCGUUGUUGAUCUCUAAGAACAUAUGCGAACAAAUCCUGAAGAGAAAAUGUUGCGUGCCGCUGCAAGGACACGUGAUCCAAUCGCCGAGGCCAGACACGCGCGCGAAUAAUGUCGAGGAAGAUUAUCAGUCGGUCGUUCAACCGUUAAGUUCAACAACCACGCUGAGAAAUACAUUGCAAAAGUUGGAGGAAGAGACGGAUGAAAAAUUAAAUGUCUAUCAUCUUUCGAACUAUCGUAGGAAGCGGGGUUUAAUUGUCGAUGACAAUUCGAUGGCCACCGUCUCGAUGCCAGUUCUCGAUUUCGCGAGAAAGUACAACUUGUCACUCGACUUCGAUGAGAAAGACAUGGCAUUGAACGAACUUAGAUCGAGCGGAAAAAUUCGGAACUUCGGUGACUCGUUAAGACAGUUAGCUGAGGAAUCAGAGUACAAUCGAUUGAACGAAAAAAAUCUCAAUGGUUAUUCCAAAGUGGAGAAAAGCGGAUUACACGAGGAACAGAAUGGUAAAGUUGAAUUCCAAGGUUCGACGAAUACUCGAAACAAUAAUGUUUUAAGAGAAAAUAUCGAGAGUUUAAAGAAACCUAACUUGCAAAAAUCUCAUGCAAAUGCAAGUCUAUCGACAAAAGUCAAGACGUCAAAACUGCGUAAAUUAGAAAAUAAAGAUAACGAUAAUCAGCGGACGAUAAAUCAGAUAAUGGACUCCAGCAACCAAGUGAGCAAUUCUAUUUCCAAAGGAACAGACAUUUUUGAAGAACACUCAAAUUUCAAAAGCGACGAGAUGAAAUGGGGAGACUUUGAAAUCCUCGUUAAGAAGAGAGGAGAGAUACCUGAAGAGAUAAAGUUGGUUAAACUAAAAAGGGACCAGGGAAAUGAGCAAUACAUGGAGCAACAUAAUGAGAAAAAUAAACUCAAUGUUUUAAAAAUGAACGUUCUCAAAAAUAUGAAUGAAAGGCCAUAUAGAUAUCAAAGAAAUACGAACAGUGGCCCAAAUAAAGGGACUGAAAUAGUUAAAAAAUUUCUCUAUUGGUUUAAGGACCUUUUUUUGAACAAAUAAAUCAUAAGGAAUAAAACUAAAAAAAACACGCACACACACUCUCUUCCUAUCUCCCUUUCCUCUCGCUCUCUCCGUCUUUUUGUUAAAUAUUUUAU